AUGUCACUCUCGUCUACAUCACAGUGUCUACUCUGUGUCCCUGUCAACAUCUAUAGGAAGACAAUCACUGGCCCCAUGUCACUCUCGUCUACACCACAGUCUCUACUCUGUGUCCCUGUCAACAUCUAUAGGAAGACAAUCACUGGCCCCAUGUCACUCUCGUCUACACCACAGUCUCUACUCUGUGUCCCUGUCAACAUCUACAGGAAGACGAUCACUGGCACCAUGUCAUUCUCGUCUACACCACCGUGUCUACUUUGUAUCCCUGUCAACAUCUACAGGAGGACGAUCACCGGUCCCAUGUCACUCUCGUCUACAUCACAGUCUCUACUCUGUGUCCCUGUCAACAUCUACAGGAAGACGAUCACUGGCCCCAUGUCACUCUCGUCUACAUCACAGUUUCUACUCUGUGCCCCUGUCAACAUCUACAGGAAGACGAUCACCGGCCCCAUGUCACUCUCGUCUACAUCACAGUCUCUACUCUGUGUCCCUGUCAACAUCUACAGGAAGACGAUCACUGGCCCCAUGUCACUCUCUUCUACAUCACAGUGUCUACUCUGUGUCCCUGUCAACAUCUUCAGGAAGAUGAUCACUGGCCCCAUGUCACUCUCGUCUACGUCACAGUGUCUACUCUGUGUCCCUGUCAACAUCUUCAGGAAGACAAUCACUGGUCCCAUGUCACUCUCGUCUACACCACAGUGUCUACUCUGUGUCCAUGUCAACAUCUACAGGCAGACAAUCACUGGCUCCAUGUCACUCUCGUCUACAUCACAGUGUCUACUCUGUGUCCCUGUCAACAUCUACAGGAGGACGAUCACUGGCCCCAUGUCACUCUCGACUACAUCACAGUGCUUACUCUGUGUCCAUGUCAACAUCUACAGGCAGACAAUCACUGGCCCCAUGUCACUCUCGUCUACAUCACAGUGCCUACUCUGUGUCCCUGUCAACAUCUACAGGAGGACGAUCACUGCCCCCAUGUCACUCUCGACUACAUCACAGUGCUUACUCUGUGUCCAUGUCAAGAUCUACAGGAAGACAAUCACUGGCCCCAUGUCAUUCUCGUCUACAUCACAGUGUCUACUCUGUGUCCCUGUCAACAUCUACAGGAAGACGAUCACUGGCCCCAUGUCACUCUCGUCUACGCCACAGUGUCUGCUCUGUGUCAUUGUCAACAUCUACAGGAAGACAAUAACUGACCCCAUGUCAUUCUCGUCUACAACACAGUGUCUACUCUGUGUCCCUGUCAACAUCUACAGGAAGACGAUCACUGGCCCCAUGUCACUCUCGUCUACAUCACAUUGUCUACUCUGUGUCCCUGUCAACAUCUACAGGAAGAUGAUCACUGGUCCCAUGUCACUCUCGUCUACGUCACAGUCUCUACUCUGUCUCCCUGUCAACAUCUACAGGAAGACAAUCACUGGCCCCAUGUCACUCUCGUCUACGUCACAGUAUGUAUGGUGUGAUCUUAUAAACAUCGAUGGUAGCCUCUCUCUGGUCGGUUGA